AAAACGAAAUUUAUUUUUAAAUUAACAUUUAACUUGCUGGUUGUUUUUUAUUAAAAAAUGAGGUUUUUAUUUAUGUUAGCUCCACUUUUUGCAAGUUUCUUAUUUUGUGACUCUAUACCAGUAAAAAAAGAUGACUGCGAUAUAAGAGUAAUGAAUGGGAAGUGUACCACAAACAAACUUGCAAAAGAAGACGUAGCUAUUUCCUCCGAUAAUGAUUUACCAACUAUUGAUCAAAUCACAAAUGUGUUUAAAGCAAAACUGGACUUUAUCAAGUUUAUGGGAGAAAAAUCACCAUACCAGCUUACCUUUUUACAGCUGUUUUUGGACAAUGUGGACGAUAUUAAAAAAUCAUUUCAAAGUUUUUUAAAGUAUGAUCCUGUAUAUCCUUCCUAAACGUAGCUUUCCUGAUUUUUGCAAAAACACUGUUGCACUCGGGAUUUGUAAACGCAACUUUCCUGAUAUUUGCAAAAACUCAGUUGCACUCGGGAUUUGUAAAAAGUUUUGUUUUAAACUUGUUUUAAAAAAUAUA